ACCUUUAAACAAAGCAGACUCGUUUAAGGCAUUGUAGAUGAGUCGGGUCAUGAUGGCUUUACGAUCUAUUGUGCCUUUAAGUAACUCAGAGUUUAAUUUCACAAUUUAAUUGGUGACUAUCGGCUUUCCUUUCAGUCUAUUUGCGUUAAAGAUUAUCAGACUCGUGUGAAAAUAAGAAUGAGAUCGUCUCUUUCUCAUGAAGAUAUCUCUUCUCUUGAACACGCCCACAUUCCCCUUCUAAACGAACAGCGUAAAUAAGCGAGUGAAUCCUCUCAUGUUCGCCCGUGACUCACCGGAGCUUGAACUGAACUGACCAGUGAACGAAUCUUUUCAGCAAGUGAUUCGUUCGGUCGGCUCAGCCAAAAACAAAAAAAAACUCGAUCUUUUUGACGUCACGUUGAGCUACACAACGGCCGGGGCGGAAGGUGCCUGUUCAUAACUGACAACGUGAGCAUUCGUAGCAGUAAGCUUGGCCGCCGACAAUGGAGGGGGGAGGCAGGAUUUCGUGGAUGAAGUAUGGGCCUCUUUUGUCCUUAUGUGUGGUCUUUUGGGCCGUAUGGUUCCGGUCUCCCCAGAAUGAAGGGCUGGACGACCGGCUGGACACCGUGCUGUCCUCUCUGCUCCGGGCGGAGCGCAAAGUCGGGGUGAACAACGUCGCGAGACCAAAAGUAGCAGUUGGUUUUGGAGGUUGUGUUGACCUGAUAGUGGACGGGGUAUCGUUGCUGAAUAAGAUUGACCUCCCUCCCUCAGACCAGCCCCUACAUCAUGACUACAUCGAAAAUGAAGUGCAGUUGGCUCAGAGCUUUGCCUACUUCUUUGCACCUGGAGCUGCUGCAGAGCGUUUUGUGCUAAAUGAUACCUUAUUCAGUGAGCUGGUUGAAGCGUCCCGUGACUUACCUGGAAACAGAUGGGCAGUAGGCGGCAAUGCCCCGGUAAUGGCUGGUCGCAUGGCAACGGAGGGAUGUGAUGUGUUGCUAGGGGGAAGUUUCAGCCCUGAUUUUAAUGAUGUACUCUCCCAGCACAUUACAGUGGCAGGUAAUGUAGUAGAAGAGCCAGACAUUCAUCUGAUCCUGGAGUACCCAUCUGGUGCUACCUGGGGACAGUAUACCUCACGUAGAGCCAACAGAUAUAUCGUCCACAGUGAUGACCACAACCCCUACUUGGCCUCCAUGGAGGACUUUGCUGAGAAACUGGAGGACUUCAGACCAGAUCUGCUGGUGGUAGGUGGGCUGCAAAUGAUGGAUAAUUUCCCCUUCCAGUCGGGUGAGCGGGCUGCUCUCCUGUCUCGUCUGUCUGACCUCCUGUCCUCCUCGUCUCCACGUAUUGGAGUCCAUUUUGAGAUGGCCAGUUUUGUAGAAGAGAGUAUAAUGGAAGACCUACUUGACUAUGUCAUCCCCUAUGCGGACUCUUUGGGAAUGAAUGAACAGGAGCUUCCCAACCUGCUCAGUUUACUUAAAGGCUCCAACAUCACAGUGCUGUCAGACCCAAACCCUCGUGUAGCUACUGUCCUCGACCAGAUGAGGGAGGUCUAUCGCAUCCUGAAUCAGCGCCACAAGGAUGCCAGUACAGAAAGCGACACAAACAGCGCUCGAGUUAAGCCGCUGACACGGCUCCACGUCCACACGCUGGCCUUUCAGGCUAUGAUUGUGACGCAUGGCUCCCAGUGGAAGAACACCAUGUCAGCCACCGCCAAGGCCUCUCUCACAGCUAACCGCCAUGUCUGCGGCUCCAAUGACAUUGACCCCAGCAAGGCGAGGCUCAUCAUGGACGACUCCUUCUCUGUCAGCCGGCGGGAGGGCAGCCAGCGCAUCCCUCUGCAGGAGACCAGGCCCGUCAGCUGCUGGGACGAGGACAACUAUGAGAUCUGCGUAGCUCCAGUACUGGUGUGCACCGAGGUUUACCAGACUGCAGGUGGAGGGGACAACAUCUCAGCUGCUGGCCUGGUGCUGCAGAUCUAAAAGACACUGUAUCCAUCUGUGUGUAGAGCUAACUUGAUGUUGGCAAACAAUGUGGCUCUGGAUACUUGAUCUAUGGCGUGAUGCAAAGUAGCCACUGUUGGACUGUUUGUGAAAUAUAUCAGGCUAGAGCCGUCAGCCUUGCAUCUUAUGGCCCAGGUGGACCAUAAAGAAAACUUAUUGUUAUCAUUUACAGGAGUCAGAUGACGUGUUACAGUGGUUAUUGAUCAGGUUAGACCAGCGGAUUUUAAAAACAUGGGCUCAGUUUUGAUUUUUUGAGGUGAAUGCUGUGAACCCAGUAACCCAAACAUUAGUUUUCAGUCUGUCCUAACCAGAUUUUCACCAGUUCAUUGUCUGCAAGUGUGUGCAUUAAUUGUGUGUACAUAUAAUAAUAUGUAUAUGCAAAGCUCUUUUGCAUUCCAGUUCAAUUUUUUGCCUUUUGAAGGAGACACUGCCCUGCUUAUUCUGUGACUCAGCCUCGACACUCUGUAUAAAUAAUAAGGCCGAAUGCGUAGGUAUUAACAGAGCUGAAUCGAUGUUUGUGUAAAAAAAGGUAAAAGGCAGGAAGAGACACUCUGUUGAAUGGGAUGCUGUGUUAUACAUCAUGCCAUCUUACAUAUUUGCAAACUCAUGAUAGCCCAUCAUCUGACUCUUGUCCUCUACUUCUCCAAGGCCUUACAAGACUUUGCCUCCAGUCAGAAUGAGAUAAAGAGGGAUGUGGUUUGGAUAAACUCAUAGAGACCGGGUUGUUUGAAGAGCUCUUUUACAAAGCUGCAUUUACUGCUGUAGGACACUUUCUCUUUAUCAUUUUACCUUUUGGCUCCACUAUGCAACUAACUUCUACACAGAGUUGUGUAAUUGCUGAAAUAGCUGAAUUUUCUGUUUCUUGGAAGCAUGUUUUUUAGGUGUUGUCACCUACUUAAAAUCACAGUUUGAACCAGUAAACAGCAGGGCUUCUUUGACCAACCUUAACCUGUCAGGUCACAUCUGAACCCUUUUUUAAAGAGACGGCUCUAUCUUGCCUCUUCCUCUUCUAUCUCAUUCUAGUAGUAGAAAAGUAGUGAGGUGAUCACCGCCUCCUGUUCUUCCUAACAUAUGUGAAAAAUGUGGUGUGGGUGUGGUUGAUUAUGUUUUAAGACUGUCAUUCCUCUGUAUAUCAGUUGCAGUGCAAUAAUGCAAAAACAAAUGUUAAGAGACCACUGUUGGUAGCUGGAUAUGAUGUCAAAGAUCUCUCUACCUCUGUGUUCUUUUUGUUUCCCUGUCUUGUUUUUUCUCUUCAGACUUUUCUAUAAUCUGUCAUGUUUCUUCCUCCCCUUCCUCUUCCUCUGUCUAUUUAUGGCUCUUAAAGGACCAAAUGAGCCGCGUCGACUGCCGCUAAUAAACCUGCUGCAGAUGAGAAGUUGCUGGCAGCCGCAUUCUCACAUAAUAUGGCUGCUUAACAGGGAACACUUUAAUCUCUGCCUCUGGAUGUGUUUUUAGAAAAAAGGGGGUUGCAACAUUCAUUUAUUAUCUUGCAGCUAGGGUGUUACUCACCAUGAACUCCCCCUCUUAAUCUGUGGCUGAAAAUGUGAUAUCUUCAUUGUACUUGUUUAGAAUGCAAAUUUAUUUCACUUUUCACACCCACUUGUAUGUCAAAGCCACCACUUUCUGACUUCCCUUUCCUAGAAAACUGGCCUCUAUGUUGCUGUCAAUCCCUAUUUCACUAUUUUGCAGGAUUGGAAUCACUUUAAUUUGUGACUGUGCAGGAAAUGAUGCCAUCUCCGCUGUUUUUUUUUUUUUUCCUUGCAUGUAAAACUCAAACAUUCCACCACAAACCCAGCUCUAUUACAUGCAAGUGGAUUAUUUUGUUUCUUGCUUACAUGAUCUAAGAUCGUUAUUAGCUAAGUAAAGCUGCUGUUUUAGCUCCUUUUCACUGAGGGAACACAUUUAUUCAUGUUACAAUGCAACAAGUGUGAGUAUAAGUGAAAAAGAGGAACCUAAAGGUAAAGAAAAUCCCUUUAAAUAUUUUCUCUGUGUACCAAGACUGUACUGAUUUGUUGCUGUUGUUUGAUUAUGUCGAAGGUAAAUGAGCCUUAUUCUGUUUGUGUUUAGGAAAAAGGGAAUGUUUAAUACAGACGUUUUCUAUUUCUGUAGGCCCCUGUUUUAUUUUCUGAUGUCCUCUUAAACCGUAACGGGUCAUUGUUUUUACUGUGAAAUGAGACUGAAGCAGAACUUCAGCAUGCAUUCAUGUUCAGAUAGAGAACUGCUUGUGUUUGCUGUCAUAUGCUUAUCAAAGCUCCAGAUAAGUCGUAUCAUCCCUGUUUUAAAGUUUCAUGCAUGUAUAAAUAUUCACUGCAGAAUCACCUCAGAUAAAUUGCAACGCUGAUAAAUCCA